AUGCCCAUAUCCAAUGACAGCGGCCCAAAACCACUGGAUGGCAAACAGGGGAAGAGGAUACUCACCAAGAGUAAGAGGAGGAGUCCGCCCAAUGAUGUAUCAACCACGAGUUCCCCCUCAACCUGCAUACAACCACCCUACUCCAGACCCAAAUCAGCAACCACCACCUCCUUUCCAGGGCAUGUCGCACGACUAUGCCCCUUGGUCCUGAAGAUGCCCACCACCACCGGACGGGAGGGAGGGAUGUUAAUGUUACCCCUCAUCCCAUCCCCUGUUCUGUCGGGAACACAAGAAAUCUAUUGGCUGAAAUGUGUGGACACAGGCCCAGGGACUCCAGCAAUCCAAUUUCACUUCAACCAACUGAAACAACAGAUCUAUGCACUGCAUCCAUACAAGACCCCACAGGCUGAGAUCCACUGCACACUCAAUGUAACGGAUGAUGACGUCAACCCAUACACAGACGACUGGGAUGAAAACAUGAUGCACCUCACUCCAUCCAUCAGAUGUUGCACCAUCGUCUGCGGUCAGGAAGGAGUCGCAGCACCAGUCAUACUACCACCUUAUCUGAAAUCAUGGUUCCUUCUAGGGGAGGAGUCAGCACCCCAUGUCACACUAGCUGUGGGUAAUGGUUUCGAGGCCAGAAGCUUGGGCCCAAUGAUCAGGCGAGCAUCAAAACUGGAGUGGGAACCAACCCAAACACCGGGGAUACACAAAGCCAUCACGGAGGAAAUGUGGAGGUUUAUGACAGUCGAUACUGAAGAACACUGCCUACCGGAAAGACUGACCCUGCCUAGACACCAUGGCAAGCCAUACACAGACCACCCGUCUACUGAAGCAUUGCUCUCUACCAUAGAUGAAAAGAUAUGGACUCACACCCCUUUCGAUGUUGGUAAGCUACAAGUGGCCCCAGUCUCCAUUACACUAUUGGAUCCAAACCAGAUACCUAUAUACCGAACUCAGUAUCGUCUAAAGCCUGAACAAACCAAUGGGAUCAUGCCAACCAUUUAUGGGCUGUUAGGGGCUCAGGUGAUUUAUCGAACUGUCUCCCCAUGGAACACACCCAUUCUACCAGUACUGAAGGCAGGGGGAGAAACAUACCGGAUGGUACAAGACUUCCGAGCAGUGAAUGACGUCACUGCACCUAUAGACCUGCCUGUCCCUGACCCUCACAUCACUCUGAGCAACUUGUCACCGAGACACCAGUAUUUCACGGUCGUGGACUUGGCUAAUGCAUUCUUCAGCAUUCCUUUGGAUGAAGCAUCCCAACCACUUUUUGCAUUCACCUAUGAAGGACAGCAAUUUACUUACUCCGUCUUGCCAAUGGGGUACAGAUGCUCCCCCGGGAUUUUUAACCAUAUCCUCAAGACUCACCUGGCAGAGCUGAAAAUUCCAGAGGGGGUGAUUCUGAUCCAGUAUGUAGACGACCUGUUGUUGGGGGCUCCCACUUCGGAUCUCUGUCUACAGAUGACAAAAUCAUUACUAGACUUCCUUGCAGUCAAGGGAUACAAGGUAAAGAAGAGUAAGGUCCAGUCCUGUCGCAGAACUGUCCUUUUUUUAGGCAGAGAAAUCUCUGGGGAAGGUGCAGGGCUCUCCAAAGGCCACAGAGACUCGAUACUCCAUCAUCCACGCCCCAUCACAGUGUCAGGAAUGUUGUCAUUCCUUGGGCUGACUGGUUACAGCCGCACACACAUCCCUGACUUCACUGGCAGAACUGAGCCCUUGAGGGAAAUGGUGCGUGAGGCGGGGUCGAGAAACCUACACUCACCACUGGUAUGGACUCCUGAAGCAUCAUUGGCGUUUUCACUCUUGAAGACGGAUCUCUCAGUGGCCGCAGCUUUAACCGCACCUGACUACAAAAACAAAUUCCAUCUUGAUGUUUCGGAAAAGGAAGGAUUUACGUCAUCCAUCCUUUUUCAGAAACAAAAGGGGGAGAGGAGAGUGCUGAUGUAUCACUCCUCGAAACUGGACCACAUUGAAGUAGGACAAACCACAUGUUCUAGGUAUAUGGCUGCAGUGGCAAAAGCCAUUGAAAAAACCGCCCACCUGGUAAUGUGCCAUCCGUUGGAAAUCCACACCCACCACGGAAUUGCGGCAUAUCUGAUGAGCAAAGAAUUCACAUUCAGCGCCGAAAGAAAAACGAAAAUUCAGAACAAAUGCACACAAUCACACAUCACAUUUGUCAACACUGAAAAAAACAUGGCUGACGCGCUCAACGCGGAAGAAGGACUGCCCCAUUCCUGUGCGGAACGAGCUGCACAAGAAUUAAAACUGAGACCUGACCUGGGGAAUGAACCACUCUGUAACCCCGACCUAUGGUUGUACACAGACGGAUGCUGUUACAGAGGAGAAGAUGGAAACGUAGCAGCAUAUGCAGUGGUGCAGCAGCUGCCGGAUGGAUCACACGUGACCCUGGAGUCGGCGAUCAUUCCGCAACCUGCAUCAGCUCAAUUGGCUGAAAUCAUAGGCUUGACACAAGCAUUGAAAGGAGCUGAAGGAAAAACUGUAAAUAUUUACACCGACUCGGCAUAUGCCCAUGGAGCAGUUCAUACGGAUGGACCACAAUGGGUGAGGCGCAACUUCACCACCACAGGGAACCUUCCAAUUAAACACAAGACACAGAUGGAGAAACUGAUUACAUCCGUUUCUCUACCCAAAAAGGUGGCCAUCAUGAAGUGUAAAGGACAUCAACAACUGAAAAACAGAGUCAGCGAGGGGAAUGAUGCAGCUGACAAAGCAGCCAAGAAAGCUGGUGUGGGUGAUUUGGUGACCCGGAUACAGGCUGUGGACCCACAGUUUCUGCCUACCAGAACCAAGCGGGAAGCAGCCCUGACUGUUGGGGAUCCCACGUAUAUUGAUGCUAUGGGUGUUCCUAGGGGGGUCCCUGAUGAGUACAAGCUGGUGGACCAGGUCGCCGCAGGAGGAUCCUCUGGUGGAGUUUGA